UUGCGUGAUUACGUCACGUCCGUAAACAGAAAGUAUAAGAGCCGGCUACUAUGUUGCGCAUGUAUGAGUUGUUUAUAGCUUGUACUUAUGACAGCUUCAAUGGCUGCGUUUAAUCGUGGUAGCUCUAAACCGCAAUCAUCGUUGAUAUUUGGGGAAUCCGGUGUGAAAACCAAGAAACCACGAACUGCGGAGAGCUUGCAGUCAAAAAGAGAAAGCGACAGAGCGCGUGCCAAAACCAGAAUAAAUAUCGGCAUGGCUUUUGAGAGGUGGCGACAACUCCGAGAUCUGAAGGGACUGAAGACUAACGCAGAGAUGGCCUUUUUUCUGCUGGAAAGCUAAUAUUUACCGCAACUCCUUGCGUGAGGGAGGAGGAGCUUUGUGACUCUGACUUCAAGGAUGCAUUUUAGAGAGUUGUCAUUCCUGGAUCUGCUUUCAGAAUGGAAACAACCUUAGUAAUUAAGCAACUUACUCAGCAUCAUGUAUAAAAAUUUAUUUCACUAGAAAGUCCUGUGGCCUUUCUAGUAAGUCAGCUUCUGAACAAAGUCCUUAUGUGUAGCCUUGGAUGACAGCAUGUCUGUUCCCUGUGGCACACCCAUGAAAAUCCAAUCAAAAAUUACAUGUGCAAAUGAUAUCCCAGAUAGUGAAAUUGCUGUGGCCCAGAUCCGGCCCACAUACCUAGUGGAAUGAUGGCACUUGUGUGGUCCGCUCCUGUUUGCCAGAUUUGGGCCACGAGAAAGCCGCAGCAAUGCUGCAUGUGCCACAUUUUUACCAAAGGUGGCCUACAUUUGUUUUGUGAUAUUUGGGCCAUACUCACUAUUUACCACAUGGGUCACUUUAGGGUCAUGUACACAUUGCAGUGAGCACCACAUCUUUGCCUAAAAAGGCCCACUUGUGAUUUGGGAUAUUUGGGCUAUGUGGGCCACUUCAGGCUCAUAUCCAUUUUGUCCGGGCAAAAAGAAGGCCAGCUGUGCCGCAUGACUGCCUGAAGUGGCCCACACCCGGAUGCUAUCUGGGAUAGUAUGAAAACAGUGCAAGUUCCAUGAUAUGAACAUGAGUCCAGUGGCAUGGACUUGAUGUAAUCCAAGGGAAAAUGUGUCCCAAAUGACUAAACAUAUAAGUAAAAAAGGUUUUCAGCUUGAAAAACCUUUUCAGUCUUGACCGUUUCACUUUCAUACAAGGUGCUAUUUCAGCUUGAGCGAGUCCCUGAUUAAACUAAAAAUUAACUUGUUCAUCCACGAUCCUGUGGAAUUGCGCUAAGCUUUUGUUACCUCCAGAACAAUAAAAACAAAAUGUUAUGUUGAGUACACAGAAAAAUCCUGGUGAUCACGAGAAAACAAAUUUGUUACAUCGAGAUCACGAGAAAAUUAAUUUGAAAUCACAAGAACAGAAGGAAAGAAAAAUAAUAAUAAUAAUGGGACAUCUUAGGGUUUCUGUAGUGAGUUGAAUUGAUUAACUUUAUUGAGCUGAACUGGACUCUGUAUCCACACUGCAGUCCAUUAGACGGCGGCCACGCAACAUCAAAGACUUUUAUUUUGAAACCAGUGACUAUGGAGACUGGGCUUCACAUCUCAAAAGGAAAACAUGGCGGAAUCCACGAAGGGUCCAACGCUGGGAGAUUCUUGUAUUGAAGGCAAAAAACCACGCUGUGCUUCCAAACGACUUCACGACCAGAAGCGCAGUAAAACAAGAAUCAACAUUGGAAGCGCUUUCCCAAGAUGGCGAGAAUUAUUACUGAAGAAGAGGAUGAAGUUAGACGCGGAAUUGGCAACGUUCCUCUUGGACAGUUUUUCAAAUUUAACAUCCUUGCCAGCUGCAGCAAGAGCAGAUUGGACAUCAACGGAUGAAGCUUCAGGAAGUGCUUGGGAUGACGGACAGUUACCUCAAGAUGAUGCAGCCUCAGCACCAGUGGAGAUAGAGUUGGUGCUAACAAAAAGCAUGACGAAUACGCGGGUAGCAGGUCCACGAGAAGUCGUCAGCUGGAACAGAAGAGAUGUGCAAAGGAGGCCAUUCAAUACAGGUGCACACACAAACUUAUCCGAAACCAGGUAUAUAAACUUGACCAAGGAGGGGUUUGUGCAUCUGAUGUUCCGCUGCCUGGACUGCUCCAGCGAGUGCCGGAUCCGAGGGAAAGGCCGAGGUGAGGAUCUCACUUUCAGACAGGAGUGCCUGAUCUGCUGUAACUACAGAGUGUGGACCUCUCAGGCAGCUGAUGCCCAAACCAUCAAGGUGACUGAACGUUCGCCGUGUAGUGAUGCUCACAGGACGUCAUCCGACAGCAUACCUGUGACUGUAGACCAGGAACACCUGACUGAUGAGUCACCAAAUCCCACGAAUGAGGACAACACUCGGGCUGCUGAGGAUUCCAUCUCGGUGAGAAAGGAACACGACGAGAAUGUGAGGGAGGAUGAGCUGAGUCUCCUGAUGGAAACGCAUGAGGACAGUGAUGAGGAAGAGGGUUCAAAUCUUGCACUGGUAAGCGAUAAGCCUGCUAACCCAACUUACCCGGAGUCUUCUGAAACGCUGACAGCUGACGAGGAACUCUUUAUUGAUGAGUACAGUUCUGAAGAGGUUGUUGGGAAAGAAAGUGACAAGUCCUCUCAAAACAGACAUGGAGAAGAUUUUGACGUGUACCUGCAGAGCUUCUCGGACAAUGCCAAUGUGAGUGCAGAUGAGGACAGAAGUGAAGAGCUCGCUGAGAAAGAGAGCGACAAGUUCUCUAAAAAGAGACCGGAAGAGGAUUCAGACGAGUACCUGCCAAGCUCCUUGGACGAGGCCUUGGAGAGCUGUGAUGAAGAAACGUCUGACGAGGAGUUUACCAAGAAACCAUUUCAGAAUACUAUUAAGCCAGUAAUUUGGUGUAUAGACUGUGAAGCUGUAGCUAAAAUGGUAUGCUCAAUACAGCGGCACGAGAAGAACUAUUGCUGUGCGGAGUGUGUCUCUGGCGAGAGUGUCGAGAUCCUCAGUUUAAAAGACUACACCGUUCAUUUUAGUGACAUCCGGAGUUUUCAUCUGCAUGCCAUGGCUGAGCAUUGUGGCACGGAAAACCUUUACGAACGCAAGAUCUGUCAGGACUGUAAUAAAACUAUCAGGGUGGAGACGGACCCCAACAAGAAGGGCCAUGUGUGCGAGUACAAGAUCAAACCAUUUUCCUGUGACGUGUGUCACAAGCGCUUCUUCACAGAAAUUGGACAAAAAGUGCACUACCGUCGCUUGCACGGAGAUUACCAGCACUCCUGCAAGUACUGCAUGAUGAUGUUUGAUACAAAACAGUCCAAGCUAGAGCAUGAGCAGAGUCACAAAGAAGACGGGCUGCUCUAUACGUGUCCGGACUGUCCAGAAAAGUUUCAAGAUUUCGUUACACGCAAUAAACAUUUAAACACCCACCGAGGUAAAAAGAAAUACAUCUGCAGUACGUGUAAUAGGAAAUUUACCAGGCUUCAAAGUUAUGAGAGACACGUGCGCAUACACUCAGGGGAGAAACCUUACAAUUGUGAGGUGUGCGAGCGUUCCUUCAGCCAGGAUGGACACUUGAAGUCCCACAUGCGUCUCCACACAGGGGAGAAACCCUUCCUGUGUGAGCAUUGCGGAGAGACUUUUAAUCACAACAUCAGCCUGAAGAACCAUCGGCAGAGACAACAUGACAUUGACUCUAGCUGUGUGCCAGCAGAGGACAACAAACAGAUUGGUAGACCCGUAAGGAACAAAGAUCGGCCUAGAAGGCAAAGAAAAACGCGCUCUACUGCUGAUGCCGACAUGGAGAGUUGCGAGUCCGGCUCUGAAGAAGAGCAGCAGAAAAGAUCACGGAAGAGAAAACCCAGGAGGAAGAAACGAGGAAAAAAAUAACGUACAAGCAGAGAACUGACUUGGAGCUGAGCUUGGUAUAGCUGCAAAGACAGAAAUGUACUUUUACACGUGCAGGAUCUCUUCCUUGACAUGAGAUGCAAGAAAUCAGAUGGUGUCAGAGACCACAUGAUUUUAUUAUUGCUUACACACUCGAGCGGAAACCACCAGAAUUACUCAAAAGUAAAACAGUUACUAGCUAAGAGUUCGCUUACACGGUGUUUCUGCUAUAGGUCAGUGUUGGUUUUAAUAUGUGCGGUUGUAUAAUGUUGAAAAUCCAGUUAUAGUUGUUCCAGAGUAGUUCUUCAGUCUUACCAAAAGUGCCUUACAUUCCUACCAUGACUGCAAAACAGCAUUAAACGUAAAGGGUUUAUUUUCUAUUUUAGAAAACAAAGCUGGCUGCAACUACAGAACAAUGCUGCUGUAUGUAACAGACGUCGUACAACCGAUAAGAAGUGCACAUUUAUUAUAAGUGCUUGUUUUUAAGGUUUGAGCAAAGAGAAUUAUAUAAAUUGAUUUCUUUUAAAUAAAUUCUUGUUACAAAAAUGACUGUUUCCUCUAUACUAAAAUGCAAAAGCAUUUUUAAAAAAAAAAAAAUCUUUGUUUAUGGGUAUAUAACAAGCUAGACAUGUGUUUGAGAUUUCUGUAUUUGUACAAUGUACCAAUUACUAUAAUUACAUUUACUAUUACUACUACUUGCUAGUUAGGAGUAGGAAAUGUAAACAGUCCUGGAACAAUGGAAAAACUGCUAUGGCACCUUUUUAUGCACGUACAGAAAGGCUUCUCCGUCUAUGUUGAUUGUAGAUACUGAAGAAUAUGCCAUAAAGAAGCUAUAUUGAAGAUGCCACAUUAAGGAGAGAUUAUAAUCAAAUUUAAUGGUAUUUAUUAUUGUGUUAGAGGUAGAACUCGUUACCCACCGUUAUCAAAAUGAUUAUUAUUGAGUUCUGAUGGUUAUUAGCCUGUUUGAUUUUCACUUAAAUUAAAUGGCCUUAAUCUAGUCUACAACUCCAAUUCCAAAAAAGUUGAGACUCUGUGUAAAAUGUAAAUAAAAACAGAAUGCAAUGA